CGCCCUAGAUUCAUUCCUUCUCUUCACACUAAUUUUUUUCUCGUACAGGAGACAGUGAUCAUACCCUCCAACUCAAUUCUCAUUUAAAUUAUUUCCUUUGAAUCAAUUUAUUUGGUAUAUAAUAAUACUUUGAGAGUAAGAUAUUUCCUUUCUUAAUAAAAUUGACGUAGCACAGCUAUUCUGAAAUUCUGACCGUUCAAUUAACCCAAAAAAGAGAAAGAAAUUGUGAAGAAUGUUUCCACUUGCAGCAAAGGAACCCUACCUUUUCACAGCAAGUGUUAGGCCGACCCUCAACCCUCUAUUCUUUCAUUCAUCAGCGCCAUUGCACAACUCUUUCUUCUCCUCUCUCUCUCUCUUUGGCCCAUCUCUUGGCUUUGGAGAGACUGAGAGGAGAGAAUCUCAACUACCCUUUCUUCAUGCAUCUAUUCUUUCUUGUAUUCCUCUGAAUUUUCUUUGUUUUGUCUUUUUAACCAAUUUUAUCCAACAUCCAUUUCCAGUUGCAGAAAACCCAUUUAAUAUUCAAGUGUUUUAGAAGGAUUAAAUGGCUGAAAAAAGUUUCCCACUUCUUCAACAUGGCAACAAAGAUGUGUUUUUUAGUGAUUCAGGUGUCAAGAUUGUUGAAUGUUCUUUUUCUCUUAAGAGAGUUAGUUUGAAAGCAAAUGGGUUUUUUGCUAGUGUUAAUCAAGCUGGAAUGGGUUUUGCCAUCUCACCAAACCCUCAAAUUCCACUCCAGAGUACUGCAAAGUUCCAUUUUGCCAGUCUUGUUUCAAUCUCUGAGCCCGGGUAUCUGGUUUUGGAUGAUGAACUUGAGAUUGCUGAGAGGUUAGUGGAGAAGAAGAAGAAGAAGAAGAGUGGAUUUAAAUUUAGAAUUAAGAUAGGGAAUACGUCAUUAAGGAAGUUGAUGAGUGGGGCAGUCGCAGGUGCGGUAUCAAGGACUGCGGUGGCUCCAUUGGAGACCAUUAAAACGCAUUUGAUGGUGGGGAGUUGUGGGAAUUCCAUGGCUGAAGUGUUUGAUAACAUCACCAUGAGUGAGGGAUGGAAAGGCUUGUUUAGAGGCAAUUUAGUAAAUGUCAUUCGAGUGGCUCCAAGCAAGGCUAUCGAGUUAUUUGCAUACGAGACAGUCAAGAAACAGUUGACGCCUGAACAUGGGGAACAUCCCAAACUCCCUCUGCCAGCCUCAUUCAUUGCCGGUGCUGUUGCCGGAGUUAGCUCCACAUUGUUGACGUACCCUCUCGAGUUGCUCAAAACUCGUUUAACUGUCAAUGAAGAUUACAAGAAUCUAUUGGACGCGGUUGCGAAAAUUGUACAGGCGGAAGGACCGGGAGGACUAUACAAAGGCCUCACUCCAAGUGUGAUGGGAGUUGUUCCUUAUGCUGCCUCUAAUUAUUUUGCUUAUGAUACACUAAGAAAUGCUUAUAAAAAAGCUUUUAAGAAAGAGGAAAUUGGGAAUGUUAUGACUCUUCUAAUAGGAUCAGCGGCCGGUGCGAUCUCGAGCACGGCAACUUACCCUCUCGAGGUGGCUCGGAAGCAGAUGCAGGCUGGUGCUAUUAAUGGAAGACAAUGCCACAGCAUGAUUCAAGCAUUAACAAGCAUAGUUGAGAAAGAGGGGAUGGCAGGGCUUUAUAGAGGGUUGGGACCAAGCUGCAUGAAAUUGGUCCCUGCAGCUGGGAUUUCUUUCAUGUGUUAUGAGGCAUGCAAGAGGAUAUUAGCAGAGAGCGAAGAAAAAACUGUGUGAAUGGUAUCCUUGAAAGCCAGAAAUCCUUCCUUUCAAAGCCAAGAUCAAUCCUUUUAGAUUUUAGCAUUUUGUGGUGCAAAUACAUCUAUCUAUAUAUAUAAAUAAGAUGAUUUUUUUUCUUCUUUAAA